GUCUGAAAAUCAGCUAAGAAGCUUGCCUGCACAUGUAUUUGACAGUCUUCAAGCACUGGUUGUUCUCUCUCUGCACAACAACUCCUUGUCGUUGGACCAUAGACUCUGCGCGUUGGAGGUGGCGGAACGUACAAUCAGUGAACCGUCAUCUUUUGAAAUCGAUUCAGAAGUCCGGCAUUACCUCGACAGCAGCAAGGCAGCCUCCUUUUGCUCCAGUUCUUGUGAGAAUGUACCUGGAGAAGAGCAAUCCUGUCCCCCUACCUGGAAGUGCACUGGUACUGUAUCCAGCUAUACCUGUGUGGAUCGGUACUUUAAUAUGUUUGCAUGCCGUGGAUUCAAUGUCAGCUUCAAUGCGUACCCGAGAGCCGCUAGAUCUGAAUUUCUUGAUCGACACGUAAAGAAGGUUUUGUUCAGGGCUGAUGUCAAGAAAGCGGGAAUCCUGUAUAAUACUGAAACUCAGGGAAAUGAGACCACCGAUCAAAUGGUGACAGCUGAUGGCUUUGUUUGUGCAAAGGAUGUAGAUGAGUGUCAAAUGCCAACAUCUUGCCCCAUGGGCUUUGCUUGCAUCAACACCAAGGGCAGUUAUAGAUGUAAAGAUGGAAAGAAAUCGUUCAACCUUUCAUGUGGCGGAUUCAUUGUCAGCUUCCAUUCGUAUCCACGGGUGAACGCUUCACAUGUCUCUAGCAAAUGCCAAACAACAGUACGGCCACCUUUAAGGCUGGACCUACUUGAGCACAUUUUAAAAGUGAAUAAAUGCUACCAGGGUGCAAGAACUAAACUUCUUGAGGGACAAGUAAGGAAUGUUUGGCUGAAAGGUACUGACAUGACCAUGGUCAGGUACAAUCUUGAAAUGCAAGAAGUUGACAGGUCUGUCAUUCAGCCCUAUCCAACCGCGGAUGGCUUUAUUUGUGGGAAAGGUAAGCCUUGA